AUGUCUGACAAAUUGCCCUACAAAGUCGCUGACAUCGGCCUGGCUGCCUGGGGACACAAGGCCCUGGACAUCGCUGAGUACGAGACGCCGGGCCUGACGCGUAUGCGGGAGCGGUACUCGGCCUCCAAGCCACUGAAGGGCGCCCGCAUCACCGGCUGCCAGCACAUGACCGUGGAGACGGCCGUCCUCAUUGAGACCCUCGUCACCCUGGGUGCUGAGGUGCAGUGGUCCAGCUGCAACAUCUUCUCCACCCAGGACCAUGCAGCGGCUGCCACUGCCAAGGCUGGCAUUCUGGUGUAUGCCUUGAUGGGCGAAACGGACGAAGAGUACCUGUGGUGCAUUGAGCAGACCCUGUACUUCAAGGACGGGCCCCUCAACAUGAUUCUGGGUGAUGGGGGCGACCUCACCAACCUCAUCCACACCAAGUACCCGCAGCUCCUGCCAGGCAUCCGAGGCAUCUCCGAGGAGACCACGACUGGGAUCCACAACCUCUACAAGACCAUGGCCAGGGGGAUCCUCAAGGUGCCUGCCAUCAAUGUCAAUGACUCCGUCACCAAGAGCAAGUUUGACAACCUCUAUGGCUGGCAGGACUCCCUCACAGAUGGCAUCAAGCGGGCCCCAGAUGUGAUGAUUGCCGGCAAGGUAGUGGUGGCAGCAGGCUACGGUGAUGUGGGCAACGGCUGUGCUCAGGCCCUGUGGGGUUUCAGAGCCCACAUCAUCAUCACUGAGAUUGACCCCAUCAACGCACUGCAGGCUGCCAUGGAGGGCUAUGAGGUGACCACCAUGGAUGAGGCCUGUCAGGAGGGCAACCUCUUUGUCACCACCACAGGCUGCGUUGACAUCAUCUUUGGCCGGCACUUUGAGCAGAUGAAGGAUGAUGCCAUUGUGUGUAACACUGGACACUUUGACGUGGAGAUCGAUGUCAAGUGGCUCAAUGAGAACGCUGUGGAGGUGGUGAACGUCAAGCCGCAGGUGGACCAGUAUCGGUUCAAGAACGGGCACCGCGUCAUCCUGCUGGCUGAGGGUCGGCUGGUCAACCUCGGUUGUGCCACGGGCCACCCCAGCUUCGUGAUGAGUAACUCCUUCACCAACCAGGUGAUGGCACAGAUCGAGCUGUGGACCCAUCCAGACAAGUACCCCACUGGGGCUCACUUCCUGCCCAAGAAGCUGGAUGAGGCAGUGGCUGAAGCCUACCUGGGCAAGCUGAAUGUGAAGUUGACCAAGCUAACUGAGAAGCAAGCCCAGUACCUGGGCAUGUCCCGUGGUGGCCCCUUCAACCUGGAUCACUACCGCUACUGA